AUGGCCAGUAAAUGGGACCAAAAGGGUAUGGAUAUCGCAUACGAGGAAGCUGCUUUGGGCUACAAGGAGGGCGGUGUCCCCAUCGGCGGAUGUCUUAUCAAUAACAAGGACGGAAGUGUUCUCGGCCGCGGUCAUAACAUGAGAUUUCAAAAGGGAUCUGCCACCUUACAUGGCGAGAUCUCUACUUUGGAAAACUGUGGGAGAUUAGAAGGUAAAGUGUACAAGGAUACCACUUUGUACACAACAUUGUCUCCGUGCGACAUGUGUACUGGUGCCAUCAUCAUGUAUGGUAUUCCGCGCUGCGUGGUUGGUGAGAACUCCAACUUCAAAAGUGACGGUGAGAAAUACUUGCAAGCGAGAGGUCACGAGGUGGUUGUAGUUGAUGAUGAUAGAUGCAAGAAGAUCAUGAGACAGUUCAUCGAUGAAAGACCUCAGGACUGGUUCGAGGACAUUGGUGAGUAG